GUCCCACAAUAUAUAAUAUUGUGCUUUGGUUACUGCACCUUCCUCGUCUUCUCCCAUCAAUUGGGAAAUCCUCUAUCCAGGAGAAUGGAAGAAGAUGUCUCUGUGGCUCGUUUUGAUUGGCUUGGACCUUUUUUAAGUCAACUAAUUAAUCUCGUGAAUAUAUAUGAAUAUGAGCUGUCCCAAUCUAUAACAUCAGAAAAGUGUAAGCAAAGAACCCUAAUGGACAAGAAAUGCAAUAUUAAAGAAAAUACAAACACAAAGUACGUAGUUGUCAUGACAUGCAUGAUGAUAUAUCCCUUGUUAUGGAAGGUACUUGACACAAGCAAUAUAUAAAAAUUGGAUGUGCUGAUUAAUCUUUAUCUAUUCAAAGGUUAUGGAUCCAAGUAGGAAUGCAAAUGAGCUGAACGUUAUUGUUCAGUUUCAUGCAUGCUAAUAAGAAAGUCAUUGAAAAUCACGAGCUGAACACUUACUUUAAAAUGAUAUUUUUAAUAUAUAAAAUCGCUACAAUAUAGAACCUUGUUGUUGUUAUGAAGGGAUAAAAUUUCAACGGGGUGUUAUUGCAAAUAACCAACUGACCCUUGUAACUACAAAAGAACAAAUUUAUGGGAACAAGAAAGAGAUUAAUGUAGUAAAAAAUUGUGAUUCCUCGUAGAAUUGUUUUGGUGAUUUAGAAGUGUAAAAGUGCAAGUCUUUAAGAUUCUAAGCAUAUAUUUUGACUACACUUGUAAGCAAAAACAUGAUUCUAUGUAGAAGGGUAUUAGUGACCUAGAAAUUAAUGUAAAAGCGUAAAUUUUUAACAUUAAAGCGUAAAUUUGACUACAUUGCAAGAGAUUAGUCUUUGAUCAUUCUACCAUAUUGAUCCUUAACUUAAAGGUUACAAAAUCAAAUAUUUUGAGUAGUACCUAACGCUAAAGUUGAACUUAUAUCACCCUCUUUAAAACAAAUUUCUAACUCAAUAAUCACUCACCCGUCACCAACCUCCCUCAUUCCAAAAUGUCAAACGUAAUCUCACUCUCAUGAUGAAAUCUAAACAAGUGAACGAAACCGUUUUGACGGUUGCUAAAUAAAUAAACAACAGAAAAUAAUAUCUUCUUCUAGGUACCGACUUUCUUCAUAAGUCGGCUCUGUCAGCCAAAGAAAAAAACGUCCAACCAAAAAACCCCUUUCGUGGCGCCUUCCCUUCAUUAAUAAUGACAAAAAAACAAUUAUUAAUCCUCUCAUUAAUGACUCUCUUCUGGAAACAGAAAAAAAAAAAAAAAAUCUCGCUGGUUAAUUAAUUAAUAAUGAAUCAAUUAAUCCUUCCCACCUAUAUCCACUAAUCACCCCCGCGCUUUCUUUUCUCAAACCCACCACAAUCCGGUCAACUCACGCCACGCGUCACCGCCGCGUUUGGUUGGUAUAAAUUUCCCCCAAACGAACCCAACCCUUUCACCAGAACUUCCAAACGCAAAUUCCAACUCCCGAGAGAGAACUUAUUUCCACACAUUUCGCAAGCGGAUCGGAUACCUCACUUCAGGAAAUGGUGGCGACAGGGAAUGCAAUUGACAAGCACGAGCAGUACAAGCGGGUGUUCGCCCACUUCGACGAGGACGGCGACGGGAAGAUAUCGAGCUCGGAGCUGCGCCGGUGCGUGGCGGCGAUUGGCAGCAACGGCGGAGGAGGAGGAGGGAGAGUAGGGGAGCUGACGGAGGAGGAGGCGGAGGCCGCUGUGGGGUUUUCUGACUCGGACGGCGACGGGCUGCUGGAUUUGGAGGAUUUCGUGAGGCUGGUGGAGGCAGGGGAGGAGGAGGAGCGGGUCAAGGAUUUGAAGGAGGCGUUCAAGAUGUAUGCGGCGGGAGCCGCCGCCGGGGCAGGGGACGGCGGAAUGAUAACGCCGAGGAGCUUGAAGAGGAUGUUGAGCCGGCUGGGAAUGCGGCGCAGCGCAACGGAGUGUGGGGUUAUGAUCGCCGAGUUCGAUCUCGACGGCGACGGGGCGUUGGAUUUCGACGAGUUUAAGGUCAUGAUGUCGUGACUUCGUCAGUGUGUAAAUAUUGGGAUUUUUUUGGGGGCAUUGUGUGUGGAAAUAAUUAUUCUUUGUUCGUCUUCUUUGAUUGGGAAGAGACAGAUAGAUGUAUCUAGUGGUUUAUAUGAUUCUUUUUUAGUGUUAUUUCUUUCUGUCUCAUUUUAAUCAUUGAAAUAUAGAUUAUAUAUAUGA